GAAAUGGUUACUUCAAAUGCUUCCUCAGUGACUGAAUUUAUACUUGAAGGUCUAACCCAGUGUCCAGAGCUUCAGUUGCCACUCUUCCUCCUGUUCCUGGGCAUCUAUGUGGUCACGGUGCUUGGGAACCUGGGCAUGAUCCUCUUAAUCGCAGUCAGUUCUCAGCUUCACUCUCCAAUGUAUUUUUUCCUCAGUCAUUUGUCAUUCAUUGAUCUCUGCUACUCCACGGUAAUUACCCCUAAGAUGCUGGUGAACUUUGUGUCAGAGGAGAACACCAUUUCCUUUCUGGAGUGCAUGACUCAACUUUAUUUCUUCCUCAUUUUCGUCAUUGCCGAAGGCUACCUUCUGACAGCCAUGGCCUAUGACCGCUACGUUGCUAUCUGUCGCCCCCUGCUUUACAAUGUUGUCAUGUCCCGUAGGAUCUGUUCCAUCAUGAUGGUUGUGGUGUAUUCACUGGGGUUUUUUGGGGCCACAGUCCAUACAACUCGCAUGUCCAUGUUGUCCUUCUGUGGGUCUCAUAUCAUACGUCAUUAUUUUUGUGACAUUCUUCCCUUAUUAACUCUCUCGUGCUCCAGCACCCACAUCAAUGAGGUGCUGUUGUUUAUUAUCGGAGGAGUGAAUACCUUAGCACCUACGCUGGCUGUGCUCAUCUCGUACGCCUUCAUCCUCUCCAGCAUCCUCCAGAUUCGCUCCACGGAGGGUCGCUCCAAAGCCUUUGGUACCUGCAGCUCCCACAUCGUGGCCGUGGGCAUCUUUUUUGGGUCUAUCACAUUCAUGUAUUUCAAGCCCCCCUCUAGCAAUACUAUGGAAGAGGAGAAGGUGUCAUCAGUGUUCUACACCACGGUGAUCCCCAUGCUGAACCCCCUGAUCUACAGCCUGAGGAACAAAGAUGUGAAGAAGGCCCUGAGGAAGGCACUGGUGGGAGGGUCAUCAUCCUGA